GUCGGAGACGCGGCACCGCGGGCGAAAGCGGUGAGUUUCGUUCUAGUAUUUACCUCGCAGUGCGAAGAUACUUUACUCAUGGUUGUUCUAGCGUAGUAUUCUCUAUAAACUGAUCUGUGGGUUCUGUGAAUCAGCGUUACCAAAAUGGCCGCCGUUGUCGUCGUCGUCGUCGUCGUUGGAUUCGAUAAUCGAACGUACGAGCUUUGAUAAAACAUCGAAAAUCUUGGGCUAUCAAUAAACGUAGAUUCUUAUAAAAAGAAAAACAUGGUAUUAAAUCAUUGGAACCAUAAGCCCGAAGGCUUCUUCUUUCUCCUCAAGGGUGAAUUAGACGGGAAAGAGAUAGAUAGUUGAGUAUGAAUGGUGUUUAAACGGUAUAAAACAAAAGACAGGCGAUUCACCGAGGCGAUUAAUGAUUGGCUGCGCUUGAGGGGCUCGAAUAUAUUGCUCCCUCUUUUUGAUCUCUCUCAAAGAAAGAGAGAGAGAGAGAGAUAGAGGAAAUGACCGAUAGCGAUUUGGGAAUGGUAACGUCGCCGCCGGCGUCUGUGCUGGCAUCAUCAUGCACAGGGACAAUGGAGGACGAGCAGGAAAAGUCCUCCCUCGAUGGAUCCAUCGACAUGAAUCUGGUAAACGGACCGAAUCCAUGGCUUCCGGCCUAUGGUUUCCAACUACAACAUCAUUCCCGUUUUCAAUCCACACAUGAAGAUCUACGUGUUAAAGACGCAGUACCAGUACAACAAAUAGAUUUUUUAGAAACCAUUUUCGAAGAGACCUCUGACGAUUUGCAGAGUGAUUCCGAUCAUAGUGGUACGACUUAUUGGUUGGGAUCAGAUUCGGAAACGGAAAGUGUUAUUCACAUUGAGAGAAAAAACGUUACGGGUGAAAGAAUAAAUGAUAAUGAUGUCGAAUAUAAUUCUAUAAUACCUAAGAAGAAAUGCCGAAGAAAUAAUAACACAGACGAGCGAGAUCCUUAUGCGACUUUUGAUGAUUUUCCAAGAUCUCCGAGAUCUUCAAGGUCCUCUGGAUCAUCUAGAUCCAGUUCAUUGUUACAGUUUGAGUCUCUAGAAAGGACUUGCGCCACUUUAUCACCGUCCAGUUAUAGUUUCGAUUCUCUUGAGUAUUCCAAUCAUUCGAAUGUGUCUCACUUGGGGAACACAUCACCGGAUAGUCUUGAACAAGAUAACGAUGCAAUAGUGCAAAAUGGGUUUUCCAAUUCUGUCGAUCAUUUUCCAAGAAUCAGGCCCUACCGUAGUUUCGAAAGUUUAGAUAUUUGUCAAAAAGCUACGGACUUUGAAGAGGUGACAACUUUCAAUGAACGUAUAUCGUCUUAUCCUAAGAGGAAGUUGAAUUUUCCAAGAUCCGAAAGAAAUGAACUGCGAUCUAGAAGCUUUUGGUAUGGAGAGGAAGAAGAGGAAGAGGAAGAGGAAGACGAAGAAGAAUACGAGAACGACGGUGACGACGAAGAAUUUGAAGGAGAUGAUCGGUUAUUAAAUUCAAGUCGCCAUGGUUAUUUCGAAGACCGAUUGCACAUCUUCGGUGAUUCGAGUUGCAACUACGCGACGUCAUUGGAUUAUAAAAACACUAUAGAUUUGCGAGAGAUCGGUAUUGAGUCAAAAAGGGAUGCGUUCUUAGAUCUGAAGUCUGGCCAAAAGUCAACGUCGUCUUCCACGCGUCUGCUACAGACAAGUUUAAAUAUAACCGGUAGCACGGCUCAUGGUCAUAGUAAGAUGAACAGCGAACACGAUGCUCGUCAUUCUCGUCAUCAUCUUCGUCAGCAACAGCAACGUUUCGGUCACGAGCAUCUUCACGAGCAGCGGCAGCACCAGCAAUAUCAACGUCAACGUUGGACCGAAGAAGAAUGUUUUAAUUUUAGAUUCACGGAUAAAUCUCAAAGCGCACCCAGUCUGCCUUCGAUCGUCGACGAAUACGCUCACGAUCCAGAACUCGUUUCUUCGAGAUCAAAGUCGUUCGUAUCAACGUCUAAUUUAUUCGAGAAUUAUACUAAAGUUAACAGCGUACCGAUAGAUCUGGAUCUUUGUGGGGUAUCAACAUCAACGAGAGAAGAGGAUGAACGAUCGUGUAACGAUAUGAGUAUGAGAGAUCACAAAAUGGCGGAAGUUAAAAGCGUACGCGGUCUGGAGGAUAUGCUGAAUCACGAAGAUGGCGAAUUGCUUGGAUCUAACGAGAUGGAGAAUAAUAUAGAGACAACAAAACGACAACGAUCAACAUGUUCGGUUAGAACUCAGCCUGCGCAAAAUGCGAGAAUCGAUGUUGGAGCGAUGCACAAUGAUCUAUCGGCAACGAAUAUGCAGAAUGGCGAGGAUGAGAACAUUGAUGCUGACGGUGAUGAAUACAAGGGCCAACUACAGAUCGCAUCUACCGUGAAGACUCAAGAUCGUAGUAACGUAUUGGAUAUAGCGAUGGCUAUGGAGAACAAUAUAGAUGCGGUAGUCGACGUGGCCAUGAAACGGUUGCAACAAGAAAAUGGUGGUAGCAACGAUAUUGUAGAUGCUAUUCGUAAGCAGUAUGCCAAUAAGCAAGUAUCGCAGAAGGUAAAGAAAAAUGCUAGUUACGAAUUGGCCCAACAAUUUGAAGUUGACGAGAGAAGUUUCCGAAGGCGUGCGAUACCAUCCUCCAGUGAUGAAAAUACGAGAUCACCUAGAAAUACUGGUAGGAAGAAACGUGUUAUCAAUAAUGCCAGUUAUGAGUUGGCACAGCAAUAUGAUUACAUCAAGUCUCUUGAAGCUAGUAGAAACGCUUUUCAACGAAUGGACGCCUGCGAUGAACUGGAGGAAUCCAGUUCAGGACGAUCAUCGCAUCUCAAAAAACCUGACUCUAUAUCGGCGCGUACUGGCAGCAGCUCAGCGUUGAAUCUAAGCGGUGAUUCUCGUGCCAACGAUUUCGCACCCUCCCUCGGCUCCUAUUCAAAGUCUACGGAGAAUGUAUCGAAGCGUAUCGACGACGAAUCGCUUUUUGGUCAGAUAAAAAAAAACUCGGCUUUAUUUUCGGUGCAUGGAGAAAAUGUUAAUAAACGUAUUUUCGUAGACGAUGAGGUAGAUUAUCCCUGCCUUGAGAGUAAACCCAUAGGCAAGCUUAACCUGAUGGAUACCAUGUUAGAAGAGGAAGAAGAUCCCAAUAAUAGUGAACAAAAAAAUAAUGACAGGACCUUUCGUGACCUUUUGGAGGAAACGAUGUUGCUUGAAAAUAUCGCUUCCUUGUGCGACGAUGAGACGACGAGAGAAGAAGAAAGUCCUGGCGAAGUGAAAUUGCAAAAAAAGAGAUCUUUCAUAGGUGAAUUUUAUCCAGAAAAGAACAAUUUGUCUACUAGUACAAGAGAGAACGAAGAUGAUUCACCAUCGGAAAAAAGAGAGAAGAGAGAGGAGAAGUUGACAGAUGGUGGCGGAGUAGACGACGAAGAAGAAGAAGAAGAAGACAACAACAAGAAAAAGGAGCGGCAAGUUAAGAGUGAGAUUUCCGGUAGGAGCAUUACGAAGAAGAUGGUAGACGUUGGGGAGAAUGUAGAAACGAUGAUAGAGGGGCGUAAUAAGAAGAAGAAGGAGGCGGAAGCGGUGGUAGAGCAAGCGUGGGGACAAACUGUUCAUGGUGAUCGUACUUCCCCACCAAGCAGCAGCAAUAAAGCCUACAGCCUGAAAGUUAGUCAAGGUAGUGGGAGUCAGUCAGCGACGGCAGUUGCUUUGCCAGUUGAUACGAAUCAUUGCAGUGAUCGCGACGGACAACAGGAGGAAAUGAUGAAGUCUGCAAUAACAACGGCGACGGUGACAACGAAGACAACGGAAAAUAUAACUUUACCGGCAAAAAUUGACGAUUUUUCAUCGACGAGUAAGACCAUGGAUUCCUAUACAAAAAAUGUUUCAAAACCAAGAAUAAAUACCACAGUUGAAAGAUCAGCAAGUCUCAAUUCUAAGCAACCAACGGUGCUGAAGAGCGAAGAAAGGAAGAAGGGUGGUAUCGGUUGUUUUUUACAGAGAUUUUCUAAGUUAAGGUUCAGUGGUAGAUCUAAGGUACCUCGCUCGGAGAUACAAACUAAAGGCGAUUCACGUAUUGCACAACAUUCGAAUCGCAAUGAGUUUUAUCAGGAAAGAACGAAGAAGGAACCGGAUUACAUCAUUAUACCCUUGCAUCCGCCGGACGAGGAAAGAUCAAAGGAUGAGGUCGUUGCACUUGAAAGUAGACCUGACGAUACUAGGAGAAUAAACGUCGAUCUUCAAAGGAGUGCCUCUAGUGUUAGUUCCGGUAGGAGGGCGCCAGUAUGCAGCAGCAAACCACCCCUACCACCACAACCACCCCGUCUAGUAUCAUCCGGGUGUAGAAACUCGGGUGCGGUGGCAUCAUCGUCGUCGACGACGACAUCGGCACCGUUGUCGUUGUCGUUGUCAUCGUCGUCGUCGUCGUCGUCUUCAUCGUCAUCGUCGUCGCCAGCAGCAGCAGCAGGGGUGGUGGUGUCGCGCCGACGCGCCGCGACAGACCUUGGAAAUCCGGCGGCCAUCGAAAUGGCGAAGGCCCGCGCGAUGCAGGCUGCUCAGCAAGAGCAGCGUCCGGUCGGGCUUCUAGAAACCGACCUCGAUGACGAGGUCGUAUUAAAAACAACUACGACAACGAUUAACAACAUUGUUGAUUCAUCGACGGGCUGUAACAACGUUGGUAACGGCAACAAAAAAACUAGAAGUCUUUUAGAUCUGAACCACACCUCCUCAGCAAGCGUCAUCGUACCCCAAGGUACGAGCUUAGAGAACGCCCUACGUGUACCUCAGUUGCCCGUCGGCUCUUGCCACAGGAACCAACGAAACGACGGAACCGCGUCUGGCAUCGAUCAACGCCCGCACAAAUCCAUGGAGUUUCUCCUUGACAAGGAGAACCUUCAUUUUGUUAAGCCACCAGAAAACGAACUGCAGAAGGUCGGUGAACGUGUGCCAAGUGAGCACGAAUUAAGGGUACAAAGGUCUCUACAACGACUGAACGUUCCGGACUGGUACAAAAAUUCUCCCACGGCUCGUGAUGGUUUCCGAUUAAAGAGGCACUCCGAUGCAUCUCAGCAUGGAGGUUGGCGUGCGCUCGGCUCGAAAACCACCUCGUUGUCAUCUCUUUCAUCCUCCUCGAAUAGGCAACCAACCACAGGAGCACUAUUAAGCCCUAGUCCUACACCUCCUGUAUUCUCAAGAUGGAGUACCAGUUUGCUAAACAGUGCUGGAAGUUCACCGGCGAGUUCAGCAAAAUUAUCGUUCUAUCAUCGGCAACCAUAUUUGGGUUGGCGUUCGCAGGAACGGCUAAGCAACCCACGUACACCGGCGGAACGUCUCGCUCAGGGUAUACUUUCUCAACUGCAAUCGCCAAAUAAGCAACAGCAACAACAACAGCAACAGCACCAUCAACAUCAGCACCAACAACAUCAGCAUCACCAACAACAGCAGCAGCAACAACAGCAACAGUCGCAACAACCACCGCAACAGCAUCAUCAACAGACGACGAAUCAGCAAUUGGCAGUGAGAAAUUCUAUAAAGGAAGUGACUUCAGCAAUUGUGCAUUAUGUACAAAGCGGCCAGGAAGUCGACGGAAACGAAAGACUCUCUCCCUUGCCUCGACCAGAAGACUGGGAAGAUAGGGGUGAAGUAAGAUCCACCAGUCCCAGAGGAAGCGCGAGGCUCUGCUGGAUGGAAAGUUCGUUCGUUGGUACGAGACCUAUGGAUUCGCCGGAAACUCCGAUGAGCCUGGCUACGGAUACCGAAUGUUGCGUCGGGUGCAAUGCUACCGGUACAGAAUCGUGCAGUUGCAUGGACUCUGCAACUUCCGGUCUUUAUCUAGACGUUACACCGCCACUCGAUGAUGCACAACCACUAAUGUACGGAAGUUUCCGUGGCAGUCUCUGUCCGUCACCUUCGUCUUCAUCCGCCAAUUAUAAUCAUCCUCAGAUAUAUCAACAACGGCAACAACAACCACAACAACCACAACACCAUCAACAACAACAACAACAACAGCAACAACGACAUCACCGUGAUUCGGGACAGGGUGACAUGGUCGAGAUGACGAUGACAUCGGCUGUACCGCGAAACAAACCAAGCCCCGGGUCAACGACUCUAGAGGAUGUCCUUGAUUCCCUUCUGGGUCUGCCACCUGCGUCGCGUACACCUAGUCCUGGACCAGGUCCUGUAGUUAGCUCUGCGACUUCGGCGUCCAUGCGUCAUCGAUCAAACAUUGGUCAGACUAAUGCUAAAGCCGGGAAAAGCUGCAGCGACCUACGUCAAGACCUCCAAGAGUCCGUUAGAAGCACGCUCGAGCUACAGGAACCGUACGAGGAUCAACGUGGCUCGUGUGACGCAGUAAAGCUGACAAGACGAAAGAGCGAUGGGAGCGACCUGAUAUCUUCAAAAACUUCAUCAGCUUCCUUGCAAUCAAAAUCUGUUGGUCAGCAUCGUCGACGACGGGUCUCCUUCGAUAAUGCUCAACAAGAGAGAAAUGGUCUGACAACGAAUGCUACAGACAAGAUAGUGCACUGUCGAAAUAAUAAAUGCACUAAUUCUGCCACUUUACUCGAAGCAAGAAAAUCCUACAAGAGCUGCCAUAAUUGCACCUGCUUGUACUGCUCAAGAGAAUGUAGAAGGGCUCAUUGGCAGCGACAUAGAAGAAUCUGUUUGCAUUCUCGUGCUGGUAGUCUCUGCAAAGAAGUAUUAUCAUCAGCAAAGGAGGAUCCAAGAACUUUAAGGCACAUCUCCGCCUUGGCUAAACGCGGUUAUGCUUCCCAUGGACGUGGCGCAGUCAAAUGUUUCUUUUCAAGUCCAGAAGCAGCAGAGAGAUUCGUUGGAAAUGGUUUUCCAGAGCUUGGCGAGCCUACUUACAUCAGAUGGUCAGAUCUCUUACCUGGUGAAAUGGGUGCAGAGCUCUAUGCUGAAGUAAUGAGGCUUUGUAAAUCCUACAACCCAGACACCAGAUUGGUCCUUUAUGUUGCAAUUUGCGUUGUUAGCGAGGUACCAACAAGCGGUGCUGUUAAAUGGGAACGGCAAUUAGUAUCACGGUGCGCCAAACUUCGUUUGGAUUCAGCUUUUAGACAGCCAAAUUUCUCUACAUCACCACAAGGUAAGCAACAAACAACGUCGCCAUGCAACAUUACCAGGGAAAUGGACUCGCCAGAAACGCUUGUUCUUACAUCAUUGCCAACUAGCACCAGCGUUGGUCAGAAUGCAUCUAGAAGAGCAAGAGAAAUUGGCUUUACAAAUAUUCAAAGACAAUUAAAACUUCGUGGCGUUUCUCUUAAGAGGCACUUCCCUCAAGUAUAUAGGAAACUUUGCUCAUAUGUCGAUGGUUCUGUUGAUAAGUUUGCACCUGUAACAAUUUAUCCAAGAGAUCAAACUUCGGGUAAAAGCUUUAUGUGUAUCAUUAUGCUUGAUGCAGAGCCAGAACGACUUCGGCUACUUCCAACUGACUCUUCCAGAGUGAAAACUGUUGACAUUAGCGUAGAACAGGAAUAAAAUAUAAAACAUGAAAAAAAUUAGAUUGCAACCUUUUUAAUCUCUUUAAUUUUUCAAGAUAUAUCGUCCAUGGGAUAGGAUAAUGCUGUAUACUCACAAUAAUGAGCGAUCUUGCAGAAUAAAUGAUGCAUUUUGUUGGAGAUAAAGAAUACAUUAGCUAUCAGUAUAUAGCUAAUCGAAUAUACUUAUCCGUGUUAUUCGAUGAUUGCUGAUAUAUACUAGAUUGCUAAAUUUCAUAUUACAAAUAUGCAGUAUAUAAAAACUGUGAUUUUACACGUUUGAAAGUUCUUACCAUUUUGUCAAUCACUAUGAAUGCAUGUCGUCAAGAACAUUAAGCAUUAAAGGAUAAUUUUAUCUCAUGAAAGUAGAUGUCAGAAAGUAAUUAAAUAUACUUGAGUGAAAUAUAUAAUUAAAAG